AUGAAAAUCCACUUUCGUCCAUUAUUAUUCAUUCUUCUAGUACUAGCCGCCGCCGCCUGCGCCGCCGCCCGGCCGCUACAAAACAGCUUCUCCGAUGGAUCGCCGGGAAGCGGCGCUAAUUCUUCUUCUUCUUCUUCUUCUUCUUCUUUUUCGUCUAUGUUGAGGUUUAAAGGGAUUGAUGGUGAAGAAGAGGAAUUGAUGAUAUGCGAGCAAAUGUACGGAUUUCUGCCGUGUUCGAAAAGUAUGACGGGGCAUCUUUUCUUGAUCGUUGUGUACGAAUUUCUGCUGUUUCGCGGAGAAUCGUACGUUGCUUCCGGCGGCGAAAGAAUUUUCAAAAUCCUCGGGCCGGGCGUUUUUGGCGCCAGUGCUUUUCAAGUUAUCGGAUCUUUGCCGGAGGCAUUAAUUCUUCUUGCAUCUGGGCUACUGAGCAAGGAAGAAAGUGCAGAAGAAUUCGUCGUCACCGGAGUCGGAUUACUCGCCGGAUCUACAAUCCUAAUCCUCACCUUACUCUGGGGCACGUGCGUUAUCCUCGGCGGCCAACGUUUCCCCCACCACACUUCUUCCGAUCAUCCCAAAAAUCAAAACCCUCUCGAAAAAAUCCUCUUCUCUCUCUGGCCAGGUUAUGGUGUAUUGACGGAUACGGAAACCAAUUACACAGCGAGGAUCAUGCUUCUCUCGGUUGUACCUUUGGCGUUGAUGCAAGUACCCAAGGUUUUCGGGUUUUCCCCUGCUGGAGAACGGGUUUUCGUCUCGAUUAUUCUCGUGGUUUCGAUUGUGUUGCUGCUUUCUUACUUCUUCUAUCAGUUCUUUGAGCCUUGGAUUCAGAGGAGACGGUUAAUGUAUUUAAAGCACGAGCAUUUAGUCGUAGACAUUCUAAAGCAUGUGCAAAAUCAGACAAAGGGAAAACUCAUCGGUGAAAAUGGUGCACCAAAUGUCUCGACAAUUAGAAGACUGUUUGAAGAGAAAGAUCAAGACAUGGACAAGGUUAUCUCUUUCCACGAGCUGAAAGAAUUCCUACAAGAUAUUAAAUUUAGGAAAAUCCAGUCGGGCGACGAUGACACGGCUGCAGAGAUGAUGAAAGAUUUCGAUUUGGACAAUGACGCAAAAAUAACUAUGGAUGAAUUUGUCAAUGGAAUGACGAAAUGGCUCGACGAUACGAAAGAUGCAAUGAGUAAAAAAUAUCAUUCGGUUAAAUCGCUCAAGGACAUGUACCAGGUUCUGAAACCGUGGAUUCAAAAGAAAAAGGAAGAACGCGAAAUGAUGAAACAUCUUAUUCCCGAUGUUUUGGAACAUAUCCAAACCUCUAUGUACGGGAGCCUUUUGACGGAAGACGAAACUCCAGAUAUCCCUGCUAUAAAAAGGUUAUUCAAAAAAAUUGAUCUCGACGACGACAACUGCCUAUCGUACUUUGAAUUGAAGGAGCUCAUAAACAAUAUCAAGUUCGGCAUAAUUCCAUACGACGCAGAUACAGUAGCAUCCAAAAUAAUGGAAGAACUCGAUAUAAGUGGGGACCACUUGAUUAGCGAGGAGGAGUUUGUUACGGGUUUGACCAAAUGGCUCAACACAAUUUAUAAUCUCCAUCAUAACUCGGAAGAGAAUGAAGAAGAAGAUGAUAGUUAUCAAAAAACAUGGGAACAAACGGACAAGCUAAUAGAGGACAAGUUCAUCGACAAAUCUCCAUUAGCAUGGGUGAAAGCUUUAGCCCUAUUAAUACUCGGGAUUGUUAUGCUCGGUGUUCUAGCCGAGCCUCUUAUACGAAGUGUUCGUGAUUUUUCUAAAUCUGCAAACUUGCCUUCGUUCUACGUUGCCUUUGUUUUUGUCCCUUUGGCAACAACUGCUCGAUUAGCAGUCUCUGCUAUAAGUGAAGCCCGCAAGAAGAAACUACAUACCAAUUCUCUUACAUUGUCCGAGAUAUACGGGACUGUAUUUAUGAACAACGUGUUGGGAUUAAUCGUACUUCUCUCACUGAUCUAUUUUCGCGGAUUAUCGUGGAGUUUUUCGACUGAGGUGACAAUGGUUCUUGUUGUGUCUGCGGUUAUGGGAUUUCUUGCAAGCUACAGUACCGUGUUGCCCGUUUGGACAGCUUUCUUGGCUUAUUUGAUGUAUCCAUUGUCAUUGGUUUUGGUCUACGUUCUUGGUGAAAAUGACUGGCUAUCGUUUAACCUUAGUUAGGUCAUACUACAUAUUCAAUUAAAUUUGUAAAAAGAAAAAAAAAAAAAAAAGGAUCGGAAGAAGAUUCUGUUGGUUUUGGGGGAGAUAUGUGUAUAGGUUUGCAUAUUCUUUGUCCGUUGGUUAUUCUUUGAGCAAUCGAUACUUGCUGUUCAUAUUAAGCUUAUUUAUUCUUUGUCGAUGUCCGGUUCACAUCAUUAGUAUGUAGCCAAGUGUAAUUUUGUAAUUGUUUCGUAAGGAUGUUUUUCUUUUAUUAUACAAUUUUUUUUCCGUAU